CAUUUAUAGUUUCUGGGUUUCCCCUUUGAUUGCUGGUGCUCUUGAGUCUCAACAAUGGAAGUGGAACUCCGUGAUAAAGAAAGAAAAUCGAAUCUCCAUGACUGUUGUUGUGCCUGCUGCUGCUGCUGACCGCAAUGAAACUGCAACAACAUUGGAUCACUGUAAACAUCCAGACACCCCACGGCCAUCAUCGCCGAAUCAAUGUUGCUCUCCAUCGUGCUCUGCUGCUGCUGGGGAUCCUGCUGUUGUUGAUGCUCCUGUUGUUGUUGGCGGCAAAUGUGGAGCUGAUGAAGGACGAGGGCCAAUUCAGCCUCGCCGUACUCGAUCUGGCGCUGCAGCUCUCGUAUGAUCCUGUAACAGCCCCCGACGGGGUCGCUGGCUCGAACAUCGGACUGGAUUAUGAUGGCACGCAUCGCCUCGUCCUUCUCGGCCGGGGUGGAGAGAUUCUCGAUGAUUUUGGUGAUCUUCCUCACCCCAAACAGCUUGUGCGCAUUCAAGAACUGGCGCUGGCGGUCGUGUGGGAAAUAAGGGGCCAGGACGCAGUCAGGGGCGCACUUCCUGCGCUGGUACUUGCACGCCGCGCAAGCCGGGCUCGACCCGUUGCUAUUGUUGUUGUUGCUGCUGCCAAUUCUGUGUUUGGCGUCGGUUUUGUUGUAGCUAUUGUUGCUUGUGGAGGUAUUAGCGACGGAAAUGGCGGUGGU